AUGUUGCUGCUGUGGAGUUGAACAUGUUCGUUGCGAAGGAAAACAAGCCAAGUUCUUCAUUCUUUACAUCAUUCUGUUUUCAUAUCAGACACAUUUAAUUCUGUGUUUGUUACAUUUUGGUGCAGCAUUUGUGUAGAAACUGGUAUUUUGGUGGACGUAACAUCUUCUAUCCGGUCGUGAACGGCGAAUAAGGUGACAAUGUCACGACCACGCUCAAGGACACCUCUUCAUUCAAGAAACUCCAACCAGAAUGGAAGACGCAGAGAUGGAUUUUACGGCGGGCUGUAUCAAGCGAAUCCAUGGAGAGGCCAAGAACUUGUCAAUGAAGCGGAAAGUGCUGAAAACUGGGAGAACAGCUACUCUCGAAAAGAGGACCAGGUUGACCACUGGGCGAAGUUCAUCGAGGCAAUAGGACAAGCCGGGAAAGGGAAACCUUCACCCAUGACAAGAUACCUUGAAGAGAAAUCGUCUCGCUCUCCACGUAGAUCGCACAGGGAGAGAUCGUCCUUCUCUGAAGCGGUGAAUUAUGAAGCUGAAACACAUGACGGGAAUCACUCGAUGGGUCGCAGGAGGAACGAUCAUGAUGUCCAUUCACACAGGCACUAUUCAAGAGGUGCAAGUCCUAGAAUGGAACAUGGAUAUCAGAAUGAAGAACAUGAACCAAGACAUCAACAUGAAAGAGGAUCGUAUAUGGCGAGGUCUCAGAAGUCAAAUUAUAGGGAAGAUCAUCUUCAUCAUAAAGGAUUUAGACAUUCGGAUCCACAGGAAGAAUUUGGAGGCUCUCACAAGGGCUUUGGCCCACGUGGUGCACCUGUCAUAGUGGAGCAUGACCAUGGAAUCUCGACACAUUAUGGAAGGAACAGAGACGCCUCAAGGAAUCGUGAUGCAACUAAAUCAAUGAGCCGUGAUCCAAUUAUGAGUCAAGAUCACCCAAGGAACAGGGAUUCGAUUAUGGCCCGCAAGCAUCCAAGGAGUCAGGAUAAAGUUAUAAAUCCGAAGCAUUCGUGGAGCAGGGAUCCUCAGACAAGAAGUGGUUCAGUAAUGACGAACAGAGAAUAUUCCGUAAGCACCCAUUCGGUUAUGAACCGAGAGCAUUCAAGGAGCAGGGAUCCUCCGAGAAGGGGCGGGAAUCAUCAAAAAAACAGCGAACCACGUAGUGGAAGAGGUCCCCCAAGAAGACAUGACCUCAUAAGGAACAAGGACGGACACGGUGGUUUUGCCGACUAUCAUUUUCGAGAGGAAGAACAGUCCCACGCCUCUUCAGCUGGCUGGGAACCUCCCAUGUCACAACACAGGGAGCAGCCAAGAAUGAAAUCGCAUCCAAGAGAUUCUCAUGGGCGGAAGGCGACAGAUUUCAACACUGAUGUGGAUUUAAGAAUGGGUGAGAAGAUGGGGAUGGGAUGGAAGCAGGAGAUACAAGCUGGACAGCACCGUGGUGACAUGCAGAAACAAGGAAAGACUUCAAGAUUUCAGCCUAGGAACUGCAAGACUCCGGGAGCUAGAGAAGACUUCAGCAGACACGAGACUCUCAAGAUCCAGGUCGAUAUGAGUCGUCCUGUGGGACAGAGCAGCCAUUUAGGCUAUUCCUCAGACAGGCAGUUAUCGCUCGAUUUGGUCAAUGUGGGCCGCCAGCGCCUCGACUUCCUGCCCAUGCUGGAGCAUUCUGGAUCCUACAGGGAGACCGCAAUGCACACUGGGACAUUCGCACAAGAGAUCAUAUCUUUGGUGCAUCAUGUGAAAGAGAAUUAUUUUCAGGGUCAGGGCGUUCCGCUGAACGAGCGGUUCUCAGAUCAACAGCUGUAUACUUUGGUGGAUGAAGAGCAGUUUGCAAAUGCUGAAGAGUUGGAGGACACCGGGCCCAUCAUAAAUAGACCAUUUUUCUCCAGAUCUUCAGACACUCAAGUUUUCUGCAAGGUUGGGCCUUUGCAGAAACGCCUGCAGCCUCCAGGUCCCGGUGAUCUCAGGUUCGACCUGGAGAAGAAGAGACUGCAGAAACUGGAAGGAGUGAAGAUCACCAUUGCUGGAAACUCUAGGAUACCGCCUCAGCAGCCUCAGGAAAAUAAACCUGCAUACGCCGAUGUCGAAUAUCGGCCUGAUUCACUGAGUGAUCUCGGGUGGUCCAAGCUGGAGCAUCAGCGAACGGAUCAGUGGGAUGGUCCUCCUGCAAAAAGGUUCGCCCCGAAUUUCAAUGCCAGAAGGAAUUCUGAUCGCUUAGGCACGCGAUCAGGACCACGCGGGAGACGGAAUCCAAAUAUUGGUACCAGGUGGUGAGAGGUGGGACGGAGGUGAAAGUCUCUGGAGUCGUAAGCACAUGGCUACUCGAUGCAAAUGCAUUUCUGUUUUUAGAUUCGGAUUCCUUCACACAUCAGACGUUCAUGUAUUUACCAAAGCGAGCCUUUUAAAUUCAGCACAUAAGAACUUUAAUUUGCCACUUAUAGAAUUUUUAUGUUCAUUUGUCAUUAUUUAGAGCAAAAUUUAUCAUUUACAUUUCAGCACCAGCAGAAUAUCUGAAACGCUUUUGUUAAUCCACCCUGAAACAUUUGCUAAUCAGUAAUAACUCAUCUCUUACUAAUUAACAGCAAUGAUAACAAUACUGUUCACAUGUUCUCAUACCCCCAGUGAAAACCCCAGGGUUUAUUUUGUUCAGUUUGGUCGAUCUACAGUUAUUUAAAAGUGGUUUAUAGAUUUAGGUGCAUUCUGUGCCUUUUUCUUUUUGUUUUAUGUUUUCAUGAGUUUUGUUGAUGUUGAGGGGAAACUGUACUGUUUGUACAUAUAGUUUUGUAUCAAAUAAAUCAACUUAUAAAGAAAAGUU